UCCCCUUUCUUUUUGGCAGAGGAAAGGAAGUGGAAUGUAUUUGACACUUCACAUGCUGAAUUGCCAAUGAAUAUGGGGUUCCCUUCACUCACAAGCUACAACCUAAAUAGCAUCAACUCCUCCAGUCCGAGCAAAUCCUUGUGUACAGGACCGGCAACAACUAUGUGGAUGGGUCACGUGACGAGCACGUCGGUGGGCAAUUUAAGUGACUUGCAAUUCUCUGAGAGUUUUGCCUCGCUGCCAGAUCCACCAACCAAAAGGCACUGUCGCUCACUCUCUGUGCCGGAAGACCUGUCACGCUGCAGGUCUCUGUGGAAGCCAGUGGGCUCCAAGGUGUGGACUCCUGUCAAGCGGCGUUGUAACAGUGGUGGCAAUGCAGGUCCGCAGCUCAGUAACCUAACUCAGCGCCCCACCAGCCUUGGUCUGCAGCAGCUGCCCAACUCUGGCCACUACUCAAACACCAGCAGUUUUACUUUUUCCAGCCUCACAACAUCCCCUGAAUCCCCAUUACCAUGGAUGCUGUCGCCAAACAGCCAUACCACAGAUAUUGGCGACAGAACUUUUCUGGGCGUGCAGUGCAUUUUGCCUGAGCAGUGCACAUUCAUUCCUCAAAGGCGCUUCUCACUCUCCCCAGUGCACAUUCGAGAAGCAGCAAGAUGUCUGCUCUCAGCCAAAAGUACACCUUCCUCUACUCCAGAGAUGAACCGACGGCAGCAAGGCCUGUUGCGGAGUCACUCCCAGCCCUGCGACUUAAACGAACGCAAGUGUGGUGUAAAACGGAGGCAUGAUGAGGAUGUUCGAUGGACAAGGCCGACCUUAGACUUCUUCAAAAUGAACCAGUAAAACCUAGACUGCACAACGGCAACAUGUAAGAGCACUUCAGAAGUUUCACUACCCAUACUGCCUGUGGAUUUGAUGGGAGGACAGCCAGACAAGCAGUAGUGCCGUUUGAAUUGUAAAAAAACUGAACUAGGUAACGCAAUAUUGUUUCUUGGUCAAUUUAUUCAAAAUUCUAACUUUUCAAAAUGGUAGAAAACAAAGUUGGUACCUGUUGCAGAAUUUGUAUCUGUUGUAUGAAGCUUCAAAAUGAACCUGGUGCUUAAUGCUGGAAUACAAUUUGAGGUAGAGAAGUGCAGAAUUAAAGGGGACUGAAAGGCGCUCAGGGUGAGAGGCAUAAUGUUCUUUCCAAAAAGUUGGUUGAGUGGCAAAAUAAACAGGGAAACUGCAUCUUUUAUUCACUUGGCUGCAUGCACAACCUUUAGGAACAUAGCCAGCUGCAUCUAAAAAGCCAAAAUUAUUAUUGUGUCUGCCUGAUUGGAACAGUUUAUUUCAGUCUGAACCUGAUCUAAAUAAACAUUACAAAGUCCUUAAAUCAGAGGAUAAACCUGUUGGGGCUUGGGAGAUGGCUGGAAGCAGUCCUGGUAUGUGAAGGAUGGCCGAUGUUUGAAGGAGACCAAUCCAAAGAAUGAAGACUCCACAAGGUAGGUAAUCUGCUUUUGCUAUCAUGGGAAUAGGAGGCGAUUUGCUUCAACUGCUUUACACACUGCUCGGUUUAGUAACUAAGCUCAGAUAAGAGCUCUGGUAUUAUUUAGCUUGGAAGAAACCAGAUUCCUUCAUAAUUGUUGUGGUUGUCGUUCACUGUCUUAAACUUCUGAUUUAGUUUGAAGUAAUGAUUCUAAAGACAAAAUUACUUGUGCUAAUUAUUCCAAAAAUACACAAACAAGUUUUGGAACCCAGCCUGAAUUUCAGUGUGGCAUGCUUGGCUGUAAACUGGUUUCUGGAGAGAUUUCUUGAGCGAUAGAGAAAUUUCACCCUCUCCUGAACACAUUGAGUCCUUUAAGAUCUGAUUGGUCAGCAUAGCUGAUGUGCCAGAUGUCUACUAGCAUCCAAUAGUAAUUUUCUGCCUAUCAGUAUCUCCCCUGUACAGGACUAUGAUUCUUACUCAAAGAAUAAAUUUGAAUAUGUGUGUCAAGAGUGGGAUUGCUUCUGCGAAUGUCUGCCUUUGGGCUGUAACUGUUGAAGCACAAUAAAGAUUUAGUGUUUUCUUGCACGAGGGGACAUAGCUUUAAAUUGAGGGGUGAUAGAUAUAGGACAGAUGUCAGAGGUAGGUUCUUUACUCGGAGAGUAG